AUCGCGACAAGAUCUGUUUCUCUACCCCUCUCCCAGUGGAAGCUACUUUAGUCACUGGAAGGUUUCGUCUUGGAUGAAACUGUGGAUAGUUGAUGCAAAAUGUCGAUUUUUACGCCAACCAAUCAAGUAAAAUUGACAAAUGUAGCGGUAGUAAGGCUGAAGAAAUCUGGAAAACGUUUUGAGAUCGCCUGCUACAAGAACAAAGUUAUGUCAUGGCGAAACAAAGUAGAAAAGGACAUUGAUGAAGUCCUUCAGACACACACAGUAUUUAUGAAUGUUUCUAAGGGACAGGUCGCUAAAAAUGACGAUUUGUCGAGAGCAUUUGGCACCACAGAUCAAACAGAAAUUUGUCUGCAGAUUUUAGCAAAAGGGGAGUUGCAGGUGUCUGAAAAGGAAAGAAACACACAGCUGGAAUCAAUGUUCAGAGACAUUGCAACUGUUGUGGCUGACAAAUGUGUGAACCCAGAGACAAAACGACCUUAUCCUGUUGGCUUGAUAGAAAGAGCUAUGAAAGAUAUUCAUUAUUCAGUUAUUCCAACUAGAACCACAAAACAACAGGCUCUUGAAGUCAUCAAACAACUUAAGGAGAGCAUGGAGAUUGAACGAGCUCAGAUGCGCCUAAGGUUGAUCAUACCAAAUCGUGAGGCUAAGAAAGUUCAAGAAAAACUUAAGCCGCACAUAUCAACUGUGGAAUCUGAGGAUUGGCAAGGCGGGGACUUAGAAAUGGUUUGUCUCAUAGAUCCUGGUUGUUACAGGAUCAUUGACGAAACCCUCAGGGCUGAAACUAGGGGACGAGGAACACUGGAAAUGAUCAGUUUAAAGGACAUUGAAGAAGGAGAUGAAAGACUAGAAUAACACUGAGAACAGAAUAUGACAACU